UGUGUUCCAGUUCUGCGCUUCGUAGGUCCAGGAGAUGACCCGCGUUCCUGUCGGUUCUCGCAGAUGAUGGAACAGAGGCUGGAGAACGUGUUCUCUGAGGCCCAGGCCAAAGUCCUGGACGUCCACACCAGACUCUUUGUCCAGAUGCUGAGCGUGUCUCAGUCAGUGGGUUCUCCUGCUGUGUCUCUGGUCUACAUGGUGAGGAACGGGACUUCCCCUCUCAACGGCACCGCCGCCUCUAACCUCCUGGGUCAGCUGACCGCCGAGAUGGUCGGCUACUUCCUGUUCUACCCACCGCUGGUCAUUGCUGAACCGUUGGAAUACCACAACCUCAAUACCUCCAUCGCUACCAGAGACUUCUGGGUAAUCACAGUCAUCCUGGAUGUGGAUAACUCAUCUCUGGAGAGCCAGUACCAGAGCUUUGCCAGUCUCAUGGAGCAGCGCCUGGCUGAGCUGUUUGUGGUUGCUCGCCAGCAGGGCACUCGCUUCAGGAGAGCCACCACUGUGGACAGCUACACGGUCCAGAUGGUGAGUAUCCGUCGAGUGAUGGGUCAGAAGAACCCAGCAGAGAUGACCUACUACGUUCAGCUGAACGGUCGUCCGUUACCGGGCACGUCAGCCGCCAAGGUCCUGAACACGCUGGACUCUCAGACCAUGGCCCUCACACUGGGCUACUUCGUUCAUCUGCAGGCUGAACCCGUGGUGAAGAAUCCUCCAAACAAUCUGUGGAUCAUCGCAGCUGUGCUGGCCCCUAUCGCCGUGGUAACGCUCAUCAUCAUCAUCAUCACCGCCGUGCUCUGCCGGAAGAACAAGAGCGACUUUAAAGCCGACGCCAUGGGCAACCUCAACCCCCGUGUCAAGACGUCAUAUCGGAGGGAUGUUACAGGAUAUUACCACCAGCCUGUCCAGGGAUUUGACUAUGCCAAGCAGCACCUGGGCCGGGUGCAGGGUGGGGAGGGAGAGACCCUCCCCGUGACCCAGGACACCCUGGUGCUGCCCCUGCCCAUCCGGGAAGCCCACCUCUCCCUCUCCCUGGAGAAAGCCCAGCACCAGGACGGCACCGCCAACAAGAAGACCCUCAACUCGGACAUACGCAAGAGCAGGUUGCCGAGCGAGGACGGUUCCGUCAUCAGCAACGAAUCAGAGAAGCUCAACUCUGGUCGGGGCUCGGCGGCUCAGAAAGUCACAGCACAGCAGAAAUUGACAAAGGAGGAGACACGCAAGAAGAACGAUACCUACGACACCUCGUUUGGUUCCCUGCAGCUUAUUUCCAUAAAGCCCAUGACUGCUCCGCCCACCUAUUCACGCCCCGCCUCCUCUGACCGCAGCCAAGACUCAGCCAUCCUCAAUGGAAAUGGAGAGGUGAACCUAGCUCUGAAGCAGAAGUCCGACAUAGAGCACUACAGGAACAAGCUGAGGCUGAAGGCUAAGAGGAAAGGCUACUAUGACUUCCCCUCAGCGGACGGCAGCGGGUGUGGUAGCAGGGCGCUGGCACAGAGGCAGAGACACGGACAUGAGAGGGCACCUGGAGAGCAUGGCCCACCACUGGAGCCUGAUGAAGACCGGGCAUCCACCUACGUCAAGUCCAGCAGGAGACACUCUCAGGUGAGGCAGCGGACCUAUCGGAGCAGGCAGAGCCUGAACAGCCCGAGUACCGGAGGAACAGAGAUGGACCUGCUGGUUAUGAGGGAGAGACCCAGGAGAGGCAUCAGGAACAGCGGCUACGACACUGAACCGGAGCUGAUUGAGGAGACCAACGUGGAUCGUCUGAUUGGCCCGCGGGGAGGUUAUGUCUGCCCCAGAGGGGUCAAAGGUCACUCAGAGACCUCCACGUUGAGCUCCCAGCCGUCCAUCGACGAGGUACGCCAGCAGAUGCACCUGCUCUUAGAGGAGGCCUUCAGCCUGGCCUCAGGGGGACACUCCUCCACAGCCGGACGCCACCACCACUCCCAUCAUCCCCACCCCCACCACGGUUACCACCACGGCCACUACAGCCCCGGACCUCCACCUCUGCCCUACUCUGACGUGGUGACCAGUGCCCCGGGAACCAUGAGCCGUGGCCGGGGAGGAGGGCUGCAGUGGGUGCCGGCGUACGGAGCAGAGAUGUAUCAGUGCAGCCUCCCCAGACCGGCCUUUAGGUUCACCCAGCUUCCUGACAUGGUUAUGACCUCUCCUCCACCCCCUAUUCCCCCUCGCACCGGCCCCCCUCCUGGGACCUCUCUAAGACGCUCAUCGCCUGACCUGAGGUCCAAGGCCAGGAUCUCAGAGUCUGGGACCAACAUGACGGACAUGCAGACCCAGCAUAAUGACAGCAGCGCCCCCUAUGUCUCUCUCUCCAGAGCAGCACUCCCUUCAGUCCCCCUCUCCAGAGCAGCACUCCCUUCAGUCCCCCUCUCCAGAGCAGCACUCCCUUCAGUCCCCCUCUCCAGAGCAGCACUCCCUUCAGUCCCCCUCUCCAGAGCAGCACUCCCUUCAGUCCCCCUCUCCAGAGCAGCACUCCCCUCAGUCCCCCUCUCCCGAGCAGCACUCCCCUCAGUCACAGCAGAACAGCCGGUGUCCACCUACUCAGGAAACCCCAUCACAGCGGUGUACGCCAUCCCAGCCUCGCGGUCGGGUUACUCUGAGUACUUUGCCUCCACGCCCCCGUCCUCCUACCACAGCCCAUCCUGGAUGUCCUACCCCCCCGAGCCUGAGGACGUGCCCCCCCAGUGGGCUGACUCUGUGGCUCUCCCAGGGUACGUGGAGGCCUUCCCUCAUCCCCGCUACCCUCAAGGCAGCUCCCCCAGACUCCCCCUACACUACGGCCAGGCCAUGGAGCCACCCCCAACCCCGACCACCGCCGCGUCCCAGCAGAGCCUGCCCGAUGCGGGGGAGCCCAGAGACAGAGUCACACUCAGCAGUCUCUCCACAUCCGCCCUGGUCCAGGCCAUCCGCCAGGAGGUGGCAAAGCUGGCCAAGAAGCAGACAGACAUGUUUGAGUUCCAGGUAUAAUCCCUCCCUCUAGUGGCCGGGAGGUGCAAUUGCAGCACUCUCUUUUCUGAACAUGCUGUAAUACUAGAGACUAAACAAACUCUCAAACUCAACUUUUUUGACAUUUGUAUAUUAAGACUGAUAAAAGCCUCUUUCUUUCUAUUUCUCUCUCUCUCCCCCACCUCUCUCAUUGUGGGAAAAUCCCACGUUGCUCUGAUGUGUUUCAUCACCAUGCUGUUAUUUUGGAGUUACUGAAGAGUGAAAGUGUUCUCUCUCAAACUGUCAGACAUCUCUUCUUAACGAUGUCUCUAUAGUUACAUUACAUCACCUGUUCCUUUACAUUGUACAUAUGUCAUCCCCACAUCUAAAGAUCUGUAAUAAUGAAGGAUGAGUGUUUCUCAAGCCAGGACAGUAACCUUAGCAACCCACAGAGGAGUAUGUCACGACAUCAAUAGAACAAUUGAUGAGGCAGAGAGAGUCGUCACAUGUUCACGCACAAAGGUCCAACCACUUCAGAAGAUCAGAAUGAAGUGAUAACGAGCCAAGGGUUUUUGGAGGAUAUAUUGGCACGGUUGUUGUUAGGCCUGAGACGAAGUCGAGGACAGGCAGACCGUGGCACUAUAUCCUCCAAACACCGGCUUCCAGGGCAUCACUUUUAUACAAUGUGUUACCAACAUAUUCAAAUAAUGAUUGACAUAUUUUCAUUAAAAAACUGUAUUUUGAUUAAUUUAUUCAUACUAUUACAUAAUUCCACAAGAUAUAGUCCGACACAAAUCUAGCCGGCUUGUCGUUCGUUCUAUCGGUUCGGUUGCUACAGUAGAGACGCGAUACACAGUCGUUCAGUCUUUUUGUUCUGUAUUUAUGGAUGCGACCCAGUCAUUUGUUCUAAAUGUUCCGUUUCCAUACUGGCUGGCAACGUUCUUCUCCCUUUCUUUGUAGUUAGCCAACUAAGGCUAACGUACAGCUAGAAUAACAACAAUUUAGUUGCAUUUGCAUUUGUUUUAGCUGUUUUCUAGAGAUAUUUAUUUGGAUAAAUUAAAUCCAUAACAAUGAGCUAAUGAGGCUCGAUUUUUCCUGGCAGACAAAAUGUGCUCACUUGUCAGGACAGUGUUGUUCAGAGAGGCUAACCAACAACACGGCUAACAACACAAUCACUUCAAACUGAAGCUGGAAAGACUGCAAACUAGCUGCACUUCCUUUCAUUUGACCUUUUUUCAAUGUCUUUGUAUAUUUCCAUAAAAAUAAUACCAGAUGAUUCAUCAUUUUGACUUGUUGAGAAACGCUGCCUGUCUGUCUUGUCCCGACUCCCGACAUGUUCAUUACUAUGGGACAGCUGGAGAUUGAAUUUGAAUAUUGAAACAAUGUUGCAAAUGUCGGAGAGUUAGACAACAAGUUUAUACAAAUCUCAGCUGUUGAAAACUAAAUGUUAGUCUAAAAGAAAUGUGAGAUAAUGUCUAGAUGCUUUUUAUAGUGGAGAUUGAGUUUAUAAAUUGCUUGGCUGGGAUGAUGAGACAGUGGAUUGCGCAGUCAUAUGGAACAGAGUAAAUAGGCAUUUUAACAUCAUAGAUUUAGCCGGUGGUAACUUGUGGAAUAGACACCGGCUGGAAUGCAGUUUUAACCAAUCAGCAUUCAGGAUUAGACCCACCCGUUGUAUAAUGUGUAUAUAUAAGCAUGUAGAAGGAUGCCAUGUAUCUUAGCUCUUUUUAUAGAACAAGUCCAUUUCAACUAAAAGACAGACUUAUGUUUUGUUGUCGUCUCCAAUGGCCCUGAGUUCCAUCCAUUUACCUUGUUAUGUUCUUCAAUGAUAAUUGAGAACUGAGUCAGAUUCCCCUUUCCUGUGCUCAGCCAUGUCUUCUAAGUAUCAUUUCAAGCAGUUUGAAAACAACAUGAGUGGUCUGUUUUGUAACAGCGGACCACACAUAAGGUACAAUUGAAGUCAGUAGAUUUAAUGAAGGGUGUUGUUUUUCUCCAAAGAAAAGGAGGUACUGGUGUUGUAUAUGAAUGGAUAUGAAUAGUGAGUUUAGAUCUGACACCAUGUUUGGAAGGAAUGGAUAUGAAUAGUGAGUUUAGAUCUGACACCAUGUUUGGAAGGAAUGGAUAUGAAUAGUGAGUUUAGAUCUGACACCAUGUUUGGAAGGAAUGGAUAUGAAUAGUGAGUUUAGAUCUGACACCAUGUUUGGAAGGAAUGGAUAUGAAUAGUGAGUUUAGAUCUGACACCAUGUUUGGAAGGAAUGGAUAUGAAUAGUGAGUUUAGAUCUGACACCAUGUUUGGAAGGAAUGGAUAUGAAUAGUGAGUUUAGAUCUGACACCAUGUUUGGAAGGAAUGGAUAUGAAUAGUGAGUUUAGAUCUGACACCAUGUUUGGAAGGAAUGGAUAUGAAUAGUGAGUUUAGAUCUGACACCAUGUUUGGAAGGAAUGGAUAUGAAUAGUGAGUUUAGAUCUGACACCAUGUUUGGAAGGAAUGGAUAUGAAUAGUGAGUUUAGAUCUGACACCAUGUUUGGAAGGAAUGGAUAUGAAUAGUGAGUUUAGAUCUGACACCAUGUUUGGAAGGAAUGGAUAUGAAUAGUGAGUUUAGAUCUGACACCAUGUUUGGAAGGAAUGGAUAUGAAUAGUGAGUUUAGAUCUGACACCAUGUUUGGAAGGAAUGGAUAUGAAUAGUGAGUUUAGAUCUGACACCAUGUUUGGAAGGAAUGGAUAUGAAUAGUGAGUUUAGAUCUGACACCAUGUUUGGAAGGAAUGGAUAUGAAUAGUGAGUUUAGAUCUGACACCAUGUUUGGAAGGAAUGGAUAUGAAUAGUGAGUUUAGAUCUGACACCAUGUUUGGAAGGAAUGGAUAUGAAUAGUGAGUUUAGAUCUGACACCAUGUUUGGAAGGAAUGGAUAUGAAUAGUGAGUUUAGAUCUGACACCAUGUUUGGAAGGAAUGGAUAUGAAUAGUGAGUUUAGAUCUGACACCAUGUUUGGAAGAAACACACUUUUCAGAACAUAUGUGCCUCAUAAACUGUGAUUAUUGUGUCGACAAACACUUGAAUCGUAAGGAUGCCAACAACAAUUUCACUUGUUUCUUGACGAUGCCUCCAAACUGCCUUUCACAACGUGAACAUGAUCAUAAAUCCAGUACUGUAGCCCUUUUCUUGGACACGGUAAAGUUGGACUGGGUUUAACACAGCUGUAAAUGUAAUGUAUUUCUUAACAGAAAGGAGAGAGGACACUUUAAACGCUGACACAGUGUUCAGUUACAUUUCUCUUUUCUUUAGAAAUCAUAAAGAAAUCAUAAAGAAAUCAUAAAUUGGCCACAGAAUCCACUCAGCAAAUGUUACAGAAAGUAUGUAUUGCACUGUAAUGAUUCUACAUAACAGAGUGUCAUAUCUGUGUUCUACACAAUACAUUUCUACAUUCUGUAAUGUUUUGUAUUCUAGUAAUGAUCAGAUGAGAUAAAAACCAGACUGACUCUGACAUUUUAGGACUGUAGAUGUGCAUCUCUGGUUUAAUGAACAAAAUCCCCAGGAGUGAUUGGCACAAGGUCCUCUAGUAGGUAUAAUGAUAUGAUACUAUUACAUAUGGAUAGUGGCGGACUGGGACACUGUUAACUACAUAUAUAUAUAUAUAUAUAUAUAUAUAUAUAUAUAUAUAUAUAUAUAUAUAUAUAUAUAUAUUGGUUUGACCUUUGAAGACCAAGGUCCUCUGUCAGUAGUACAUUCUUUGCAUCAUAUUGUGAAGGUCUAUCCCAAUGAGUUUGAUCUCCUCCUUGAUGAUUGUACUGUAAAUGUUUAUUUUUAACGAGAACCAGCUCAAAUACACUUUAUCCUAUAGGUAUAUGUCUGUUCUGUUAACUGUUGCUAGACAGGAAGGUGAGAAGGUUAGGGCAGCUCCCAGUCCUGGAGUUUGGUCCUCUACAUGGAGUCUGGCUUUCAUUCUCUCAUUCCCAGUGAGUGAACACACCUUGUCUGAAGGUUGCUCCUAUUCUGUAUAGUAUUCAUACAGUGUCUCUUGGUAUUCUAAUGGGUGGACAUGGCAUGCAUGAGUCUACAGAUGGAACCCAAGACUGAGAUGAGCCUGGUUUGAGUAUCUUUGAUAAGAGGAACAAGUGACAGCAGGGGGAAGAGUGGAAUUGUGUUGGUCACAGUAUACCAAAGGAUGGGUGGAAGAGCAUUUCACCUCACACAUCAUAGGUGGUAUUGCAACACAACAAUACACUGUUGAAAUGAAGAGCUGUCCCAAAAAUGUAACAUAUUUUCUCCUGUUUAUCAUGACGACACAUUAUUGCAUUAUUUCAGAUGCAGGUUAUAGUUUUUCACCCUGAUUUCUUUUUUUACUGACCCCCUGUACAGUAGACUAUCUGUUUUCAGAUGCACCCUGGGAGAUUAGGUUUUCCAGCCCAUCCAGUGUGUCUGAGUGUAAAUAGGAGAGGAACAUUCUCUCUUGCUGUAACUCCUAACCAGAACUGUUGCUUUUCUGUUUCCAGCAUCUCUUUUGCUGAUGGACUGACAACACUCGUGGUUGUGGAUGGACGGUUAUGUUACCAUGUAGCUACUGUAUUGUACAAUGAAACCCUUUCUGUUUGUUCUGUAGAUGCUGAUCAGUUUUGUGUUGAAAUGAACACUUUUCACAUUUGAAUGCUGAUACAUCAGUCUGAAGAGAGAAACAGGAUGCCAGAUUAUGCGAUAUGAAUCUUUGCAGAUUAACUCAAUAAAAGGGAUGACAGAUUGGCUGUUUGAUGGGGAA